AUGUUCCUCAAGCGCGAAGGAGACGAGAGCCUGCAGCCCAAGGGCAAUGAAGACUCGGCGCAGCUGCAGCAGAUGCUCACGUCCUGCAUGAUCAACCGCCAGAUCCUGUGCUGUAUUGCAGGCGUCCUGGUGGGCAUCCCCAUCAGCAUCCAGCGGAAAUCCUACAAGCCAUUCGCCAUCCUGGGCGUCCUAGGUUCGUUCGUGGACUACUCGAUCCCGUACACGACCGACUGCCGGAUGAUCCACAACGCCAUGCAGUUGGCGCUGCAACAGGAGCGACAGAGAGACGCUGCC